UGUGACAGAGAUGGACCCCCUGGAGGUCCCCCCUCUCACCCCGACCAGCAAGGAGGUUCUGUGCCAGGCUCUGAGAGCCAGUUUUGCCGGUUUCACCCAGGAGAGGCUCACUCACCGUUUCCCCCAAGAUCCGACUCGAUGGUCCGAAUGGGAGGUGAACCACUGGCUGGGCUGGUGCCGGGCCGAGUUCGGGCUGCGCUUGUCGGGUUCGGACCUGAAGGGCCUGCGGGGUCGCGAGCUGUGCCGCCUGGACCGCGAGGCUUUCCUGGGCCUCGUGUCCGACUGCACCGCCGGGGAGAUCCUGUGGGAGCACCUGGAGAUCAUGAGACGGGAUCACGCCGCGCUGACCGUGUGCGCCGGGUACGCUCCCUGCCAGCCUCCAAACAAUGAAGGUAUGCUCCGCGGAUAAACGCUCUCGUGUUUUGCGUG